GCUACACUACAUGCCUUAAAGGAUUUUAUUGUAGUUGACACACCAUUCAAUGUCAAUUGCUUGGAGAAUAUUCUUUAUUUUCAUCUAAAUGAACUCUUUGUCUCCUCAGUCAUUCAUGGUCUUUGCAAUGGAUUCUGGCCUCUUGACCUUGGUGAAUGGGAAGACUCUCUCUAUAACCAGACCAAGAAUUAUGCUACUGAUCCUCAAGAUAUCAAUAAAAUACAAGCAUUUCAUGAUUAUGAGAUUGUGGCCAGAUAUGAGUUUACACUCUUGCAAGGUAUGAAAGUAUCAUCUAUGUUCAUGGUCUGGCAGAAUAGAAAAUCCCAUAUUGUAAUGGAUCAUACUUUCUCUGGUUUAAAUGCAGGAAUCUCUGCUAGUGAGGCAAAGGUCAAAUAUAACAAUAUGCAUCCAUUCAGUGAGACUUUUUACAAUGCCAAAUUACAACAUCCCAAUGCUGAUUUCACUCUGUAUAAAAGUGAUGUUGCUAAAGCCUUUUUGAAUUUACCAGUACAUCCUCUAUGGUAA